GAGUUUGGCUUUGCUGCUACAGAGUGGUGUGGCAGCACCAGAAGGCAUUGGGGGAGGAGUCCGCCCCAGAUCCAGGGGUUUUUGCUUGGUGGGGGACUGAGAGUGGACAGAAGAAGAGUGUGGAUUUAUGAGAGGAGAUAGUGCUGUCUGCUGCCGUCUGGCUCUCUGUGGCCCCAAACCCCUUAUGUCACCAACUUCUGAUGUGUGACUCUUCCCAAGGUGCUAUUAGGACCAGAUUUAGUUCUUACUAGAUUGUUACCUGAAUGCCUGCCGUGUGGCAGGCACUUUGCUAGGCUCCGGCCAUAUUCAUCCCGCUUAAUUUUUUCUAGGCCAGUGAGUAAUAAGGUGGGACUCAAUAUCCCCUCUCUUGUGGAUGAGGAAGCAGGCUCAGAGAGGGCUCUUGGCUUGACCACGAGCACAGAGUCAUAAACAGUGCGGCUGGCUUUAAAAUCACAUCUGUUUGAUAGAUUUGACCAGAGCUGCAUUCAUGGGUCCCAGGCACUUUUGCCUUGCUGGGACCUUUCUUCCAUUAAAAAUAAUAACAAUCAAAGCCCCCCAUAUUUUACAACUGUGUUGGUAUAAAGACAAAUAUAAUCCAGGCUGGAUUAAAAAUUAAAACAUUCUCUUCAGCACUGAAUUUGUUUUUCCUCUUAAUUUUAGCAGAAAUCAUAACAGUUUUCGUGGGUCCCUACAAGUAUUGGGAGCCCUGGCGCCAAGCCCGCUGUAGCUAAUGGAGAACCAGGCUCAGUGUCUGACUUCAAGCUUUGCUUUCUUCCCGCGGGCUACUUGGGGCCCUGCCUGACAGCUCAACCUUCAUUUUGCCUUCUCUUCCAUCACAUUCUAGGACAUUCUAGGGCAAUUGAGUUAGUUGUCCCCUCCUCCCGGCACUCACCCAUUAAGAAAAGCUCUAAACUUCAUCCCCAAAUAAUCUUCUCUAACCCAAUUUUAAAACCCGCUGUGGACAAGGAGGGCUGUGGCCAGGCCUAGGCUGCCUGCUUCCAGGCUCUUGGACAGGGGCAGUGUCUGGUCCCCAUAAUGAGAUUAGGCCUUGGUGGCCUUUUAAUGAAACCCUGGACAUGGGGAGAGGGAGUGAUUCUCAGCACGUUCAAGCCCUGCGGGUAGCUCCUGUCCCUGUUUGAUUGCAUUAAGUGGAGUCUGACUGCAAGUGUGUGUGGGAGGGGCAGGAGUGGGGGUGGUGUGUGACUGUCUCAGCCCAAAGUUCCAGAAGCUGCCAGAACUGUCACCCCCAUCCUGUGCUCUGACAGGAAGGAGGGCGGCUAUGUAAGGGGCUUUAAGAGCCUCCUCUGCUUCUAAGACUGGUCUGCUGGGCGGAGGAGACCUUUGGGGUGGAGAAUGGCUGCUUCCAGGUCCUUGAUGCUGCUGCCCACGCUUCCGCUCUGGGAAUAAAGGAGGCCCAAGGACCACCAGCGUUCUGGGGGGGCUAUCCUGUUUGGGGAGGCAGAGAGAGUGUUGUCACUGUCUGGAUUGGGACCCGAAGGAGCGUGAUUCAAGGGCAUCUGCUUACUAGGGAGUGACUGACUCUCGACUGAUUUCCAGGUUUGCACAUGUGAAAUGUGUUUGUGGGUGGGUCAGAUUCCAACGGGAGGCAGUGGAAUGUGUUCUCUCUCCAGCAUUGGAAGCAGGCCCUCCUUGCCCAAAGAUAGGCUGUCCAUGAUGUCAAACCGAAUAAGCCGUUGUUGAAGGAAUCUUGCAGUUCAUGUUCUGUAAAGCACAGAACCACUCUCUACUUUGUCUUUUUUGUGAGUCUGGAUUUUUCACCCUUGGAGCUUAUUGACUGUGAGGACAUCUGGAGGCAAGGCACAGGCCUGCCUGAGGCAGGAUGGUCUUGCUUGGUGUGAGUUUUCCAGCAUCCCUCAUAGUUGGACUUAAAUCACCUUCAAAUUGGAAGGAGGAGUGGAGGAGACAGCUCGGGCCUUCGUAGUUCCAAAGGUCUUUCUUUAUCUAUGGCUUCCUCUUGGAAGCCCUGUCCAUCACCAGGGUGCCUAGUUCCCCACACAGAUGGGGCAGGGGAGCUGCCUUUGGAGCAGCUGACGUGAAAAUCUCAUGGAUCAGCUGGUUUGCCCUCCUGCCACCCCUUCUCAACUACCUAUUCCCAUCCUGCCUCCUUUUGUCCCAGGAGAGCCCAUAGGGGACACCAGUGCUUGAUGCAGCGAUGGGCUUGAACUGCCUUAAGAGCCUGGGUUCCUGAGAGGUGAGGGACACAGGAGGACUGGCGUGGGACGGGGAGAGACUUCUUGGCGCUCUGGUUGAAAGUGACUUCUUUGGCAAGUGCGCAUUCAGAUCCUUGAUUGCCCUCAGCUCCACCCUCCGAGCUGGGCAAAGCCACACCUCCACCGGACAGUCAGCUGCGGGGGUGCCAUCUCACUGUAUUAAAGCGGGUGGAAACUGUCUUCUGUGUGGAUAGUGGCAGGUGCCCUUGGAGGCCUGAGUUGAACUUGCGGCUUGAAUUCUUACUACCCUUUACUAAAAAAAUCUGCAUCUGCUCUGCAACUUGUCUGCAAGCUUCUCGAAGGCAGGGAUCACGUCUUAUCUGUAUAGCUCCAGCAUCUAGCAGUAUUGCCAGCACAUAGCAGGUGCUCAGUGAACAAAUGCGUUGAGCAGCUAUUCGCAGCUGAUAAUUUUGGGCAUGUCAUAUAUCCUCUUUGAGCCUCAAUUUCCUCACCCAUUAAAUUGGGACAAUACUCCUAUUAGCGCUAUCGUGGAGAUUAAAUGAGUGAAUGCUGAGUAAGAGGAGGGGCUUGCAGUCAGACGUGAGGCCCCCUGCCCUCCCAACACACACAGGCAGGCCUCUCCACUCCCCCACUGUGGGGUGCAAACAGCAUUAGGGUUCGACUUCCUGGGGAAUUCAGGAUGUGAAUUUACAGCGUGGAACGUUCAAGCCCGCUGUUUAGUCGUUUCGCUGCUCCAAAGUGUGUUUCCUUUGCACCACGAGCCACUUCUCCAGUUCUCGGAGGAUGCUGAGUGGGCAUCCUGCAAGUUAACCCAGUCCUCACACUGUUUACCUGGAGAUAGCAUCAGAGCCCACAGGUUAAGGGCUCAGUCCCACAAGACCCCCUCCCCCCAAGAUGCAGGUCUUGAAUCCAGGUUGACAUCUGUGCUUCUGACCCACCUGCUGUAGAUGAGAAGUGCCCGUGGCCUUCUCCUUAAUCUGCUAGAGCAGCUCACAGAACUCAGUGAAACAUUUUAUUAGAUUUAUUAUAAAAGGAUAUGACUCAGGAACCGCCAGAUGGAAGAGGAACAUUAGGGCGAGGUCCUGAAGGGUCCUCAAUGCAGGAGUUUCUGUCCCCAGGGAACUAGGUUAGCCGUCCUCCCGGAAGCUUCUUUUGGAUUUUACUGGAGGCUUCAUUACUUGGACAGGGUUGAUGAGAUCAUUGGCCAGGGGCGAUGGAACUCAGAUCUCCAGCCCCCUCCCCUCCCUAGAGGUUGAGAGGUGGAACGGAGGGCUCCAGCCGUCAAUCACGUGGUUGGUUCCCCUGGCAACCAGCCCCCGCCAACAGGUUAUCUAAGGGCUCAUUAACAAAAGACGGCUUUCCGGCUUUCUUGGGAAAUUCCAAGGGUUUUAGGAGCUCCAUCCUAUCUACUCCUUGUAAGUCACAACCUCACAGCUCUGCAGAGAACCUCGCUCUGAUUUCUGCCUGUCUCAGUAGGAGACUGGCUGGCCUGGCUACGGCGUAGCUCCGAGAUUCAGGAGCGACAAUUCCUUUGCUGCUCUGAGCCCACUGCUGUCGUAGGUCAUUCUGUUUGACGGGAGGAAGCCGUGGCAGGGCUACCAGCAGCAGAGCACGUUCCUUCUGUUCUUUCUCAUUCAGAGCUAAUCAGGUUCUGACUGCGCCCCGGGCUCUCCGGGGAUGAAUCUAAUAAAGGGGAGGAGGACUGAGAACAAGUGACCCGAGGACAGCAUCUGUUUGGUAGGUCUUUCCUGUUAGAGUCGGUGCAAGGGAACAGAUCCCCGAGGAGACCCAAGGAAGAGCAGGACGCCUCCCCUGCCUUGUGCGAGCUACAGGGCAGGUGAGCAGAGGGGCACAGGCGAGCUUCACGGGAGGCAGACCGCCAACAGGCUGCCUCAGCAUGGAGAGUCGGGCCGGCCUGGCAGCCACCCCCGGAGCGCUGCCUUACUACGUGGCUUUCUCCCAGCUGCUGGGCCUGACUGUGGUGGCCAUGACUGGUGCUUGGCUUGGUCUCUACAGGGGCGGCAUCGCCUGGGAGGGUGCCCUGCAGUUUAACGUGCAUCCCCUCUGCAUGGUCAUAGGCCUGAUCUUCCUGCAGGGAGAUGCCCUGCUGGUUUACCGGGUCUUCAGGAAUGAGGCCAAACGCACAACUAAAGUCCUGCACGGGCUGCUGCACGUCUUUGCGUUCAUCAUCGCCCUGGUGGGCGUGGUGGCGGUGUUCGACUACCACAGGAAGAAGGGCUACGCGGACCUGUACAGCCUGCACAGCUGGUGUGGUAUCCUCGUGUGCAUUCUCUUCUUCGUGCAGUGGCUCGUGGGCUUCAGCUUCUUCCUGUUCCCCGGAGCGUCUUUUUCGCUGCGGGGCCGCUACCGCCCACAGCACGUCUUCUUCGGCGCCACCAUCUUCCUCCUGUCGGUGGGCACAGCCCUGCUGGGCCUGAAGGAGGCACUGCUGUUUAAACUCGGGGCCAAGUACAGCACGUUUGGGGCGGAGGGUGUCCUGGCCAAUGUGCUGGGCCUGCUGCUGGUCGGCUUCGGUGUGAUCGUGCUCUACAUCUUGACGCACUCCGAAUGGAAGCGACCACCCCAGGCGGAAGAACAAGCUCUCUCCAUGGACUUCAAGACGCUGACGGAGGGCGACAGCCCCAGCUCCCAGUGACAGCCUGCCCUUGUCCCACAGGGAGGGCCUGGCUGUGGCUGGCCUCCGCAGUUCUGGGGGUUUAGAUAGGCGUCUUUCCCACACUCUGUCGAGGCUGUCUUGAGGCUCAGCUGCUCCUGGGGAGGGCUGGGCGGUGUGGGUAGGGAGCGUGGGGGCGGCGUUCCCCUUGGAGCGCUCAUUUCUGGGGUGUAGGGCUUGGCUUCCUCCGCUUUCCCUCCUUGUUGCUGCUUUAGAGUCCUGUUAGUCAUGCACAGAUUCCUGCCCCUGUUGUCACCAUCACCCCCUCCAAUCAAGCAGCUUUGGGUAGGGUUUUGGGUGGUCGGUUCUGGUUACAAAAGCACAGAUCCUUCAAGAAAACAUGGAGUGGCUCUCCUCUUGAGGCAGCGGAUGCUGGGCGGAGUCCAGGGGCCGCAAAGAGCACAAAGCUGUGGGAGAAACUGGGGCUAAGUGACAGGCCUGGCAGGGCCGAGACUUGCUUUGUGCAACACUGAAUUCAAACCAGGAGUCUCGCUAGUCUGAAUAGCACGUGGUGAGAAUGGGCCCCGGCUUUGGCAGUGGAGCAAGUGAUAUUAUGUGUAAACUAUGUUGGUGUUCAGAGCAAGGUUCCCCAAGAGAGGGGAGGGACUGGCCCCUGGGAAGCUGUGGACAUAUGGCUUUGGCCCAGCUGCGCUCUCAGCCUUCCCUCUCUCCAGUCCUCAGCCCCAGGACGGCUCUGCCAGGAGAGGGACGGGGCAGAGGACUGAGACAAACUGUACCUGGCAGCGGAGGGCCACAGAGAGCAGAGGACGAGAUGGCCCCCUGUGAGGGCGUGCCCGGUAGUGGCGUGUCCUGCUGCUCGUGCUGGGGCUCGCCCCCCGCGGGGCCUGGGCCCGGCCGCCUCCAGGGCCCCCGCCCUCACCAGCUGGCUGGGGUGCUGCUCUUGCUCUGACCUGAGGCCUCGGGCUUAAAUUUUUUUUUUUUUUUUUUUUUUAAGCAGAAGGCUGCUGCCGUUGCCCCGGUUCCCUGUCAGCGGGGAAAGCGGGGCCGUGUGCUUCUGUUCAGGAGGAGAGCCUCAUCCUCGUACCUGGGCCCAGCUCUGCAGGCAGUUGGGGCUGAGUUGGCAUCAGAUCAGUCCUCCCAGCUGCAUAAGUGCGCGGUGCUGCCGCCUGAGUCACUCUCUGGCUUCAGUCUAGAAGUAACGUGAUGAGAGCGUUGACCUUGUGCUGCUUGGACUUGGUGAAUGCUCUCUUCUUGUUUUCCUCAUGUUCUGGGCUUUGAGGAACGUGACAUGGUUUGAGACAGACACUGUUUACUAAAAUGAAGAGAUGCAGGAGAUUUCCAAACUCGACCACUGUUCUUCUGACGGUUGCCUUCUCUCACCUCAGUGCUGCCUUAGAGAAAGGGGCUGGCCUCUCAUGCUCCGAUUUCCAACUUUGGCCUUGGGCCCCGCCUCCGGCAAUGCCACUUCUCCAAGCAGGUGGCUGUGGUCCUAAGCCCUCCCCAGCAGGGCAUCCCUGUCCCCCCCCAAGCCCCCCCCCCCCGCCAGCUCGCUGCAGCUUGCCCGGAUGGGGUGUUCGCUGUGACACUGUGCUCUCUGCCAGGGCGAGGGCUCCGUCCGUUCUUUCACCGCCUGGCACACGCUGUAUAGCCAGAUAUUUACAGUGGAGAACCCCCCCCUUGGACAAACUACCAAAGUACAGUUGUGUAUCUCCCUUGCCAGAAUGCCACAUAGAGAGACGGAGCCUUAGAUUUGCGAUAAACAUCUGUAAACUGGUCUGUUUGCCCAAGUGUCUGUUGGAUGAUUCCGGAGACCCCCUGAAAGCUGACGCACGGCCGUUUGUUUUACUUCGCCUGUGGCCAGUCUUCUGAGAAGUACAGUGUAGCGCGGGUGCAGUAGGUGACCCAAUAAAUGUCUACAGCAGAUCA